CCGCACCCCCACCUGGUGCUCGCUUGUUGGGGGGGGGGCCCUGGAGAGCCCCGGGCCCCAGUCCCUGUUCAGGGAGGCUGCCACCGGCCAUGUCUCCCACCCUUCCAGUUUCUCCCCCCUGGGAGGCCCCAGUCUGGUGAGGGAGGGUAUAGCUGCGGCCGCAGGCCACCCCCCCCCACCUCAGCGCCCCCUCAAGAGUGCGCUGACCCGGUCGCCCCCAGUCCCCUAUGCGUCCCGCUGCUUGCGUUCCCCCACCACCGCCGCUCCCUCCGAGAUGGAGCCCUUCCUCAGGAAGCGGCUGGCCUUCCUGUCCUUCUUCUGGAACAAGAUCUGGCCAGCCGGCGUGGCAGAUCCGGUCUCGGACCGGGAGCUGGAGCCCCGAGGCGCGGAGUUCCCAGCGGAGCCCGGCAGCCCCCCUGCGCCCGCGCGGCUGUUCCGGGCGCUGUCAGACUUCAGGGCGCGUUGCGCGGGGGAGCUGAGCGUCAGCCGAGGGGACUGGCUGUUCGCGCUCCAGGAGGAUGGGGAAUACCUCUUCGCCCGCCGCCUCUCCAGUCCGCUCUGCACAGGGCUGGUUCCCAUCACCUGCGUGGCCAAGACCAGCCCGGAGCCCCUCUCAGAUCAACCCUGGUACUUCGGUGACAUCAGUCGCACCCAGGCCCAGCAGCUGCUGCUCUCUGCUGCCAAUGCACCUGGGGCCUUCCUCGUGCGGCCCAGUGAGAGCAGACGUGGAGACUACUCACUGUCAGUCCGGGCCCAGGCCAAAGUGUGCCACUACCGCAUCUCCAUGGCUGAGGAUGGAGGCCUCUACCUGCAGAAGGGUCAGUGCUUCUCCAGCCUGGAGGAGCUGCUCUCCUACUACAAGGCCAACUGGAAGCUGCUUCAGAACCCACUGCUGCAACCCUGCAUGCCUCAGAAGUCCCAGGAGCAGGACCAGUGGGAGCGGCCGCGCUCUGAGUUCGUCCUGCGCAGGAAGCUGGGCCAAGGCUUCUUUGGGGAGGUGUGGGAAGGCCUGUGGCUGGGCUCUGUGCCAGUGGCAGUCAAGGUCAUCAAGUCAGCCGACAUGAAGCUGGAUGACCUGGCCCAGGAGAUCCGGACGCUGAAGAGCCUGCGGCAUGAGCGCCUGAUCCGGCUGCAUGCUGUGUGCUCCACGGGCGAACCUGUGUACAUCGUCACUGAGCUCAUGCGCAAGGGCAGCCUGCAGGCCUACCUGGGCGGCCCUGAGGGUCGGACCCUGAGCCUGCCGCUGCUGCUGAGCUUUGCCUGCCAGGUGGCCGAAGGCAUGGGCUACCUGGAGGGCCGGCGCAUCGUGCACCGUGACCUGGCCGCUAGGAACGUGCUGGUGGGGGAUAACCUGGCCUGCAAGGUGGCCGACUUCGGGCUGGCCCGACUGCUCAAGGAUGAUGUAUACUCCCCGAGCAGCAGCUCCAAGAUCCCCGUCAAGUGGACGGCACCUGAGGCCGCUAACUACUGCAUCUUCUCACAGAAGUCAAAUGUGUGGUCCUUCGGCGUCUUCCUCUACGAGGUCUUCACCUACGGACAGUGUCCCUACGAAGGUGGGCCCCAUGGCCGGGAAAGAGGAAUGAGCAACCAUGAGACGCUGCAGCAGGUGAUGCAGGGGUACCGCCUGCCUCGACCGCCCACCUGCCCCGCUGAGGUCUAUGUGCUCAUGCUGGAAUGCUGGAAGGGGAGCCCCGAGGAGCGCCCCGCCUUCUCUGUGCUGCAGGAGAAGCUGGGGGACAUUUCUAGAUGCUUCUACCCCACCUGCACAUGACCAGGGCCCAGCCUAACUGGGGCCCUCCCAGGCUGUCCACCCAGAGCACAAUGUGGGUCUGUGCCCACACACACCUGUCUGCACAUGCCAGGGCUGCUUUCCCUGCCAAGGAGAGACUCAAUGCAGGGCCAGGUGGCCUGUGCUUUCUUCAGACCUCACUAGACAUGACCCCUACUGAGGCCCCUCCUGCCCACCCCUUCUCAUCUGGUUGCUCACAGGCCCGAGUGCAUAAGCAGCUUCUCAUCUUGGUCCAAAGUCUCCAGGAUCAGUGGCCCCAGAGCUGGUCCAUGGUGCAGGCAGGGCACCUGCUGGGCACACCUUGAGGUGGACAGACCUGUUUGCAUAGGAAGUACCACCCGACCCCCAGUUCCUCACCCCUGGGGUAUCUGGGUACUGAGGUUGGAGUGGAGAUCAGGUGUGCUGUGGGUGGCACAGAUCAGACUACAGGAAGGACCAGACUGUGGUUGGUGGUCAUUUCUGAGGUUGUCUGACUCCCUGGGGUGGGGAAAAGGACAAAGAAACAGAAUGCCCCCUCAGUGGAGCAGUUUCUGGGGUGCUGAUGGAGCUGGGUGUGUGGGUUCCAAGCUGGUCCUGAGCCUUCAGGAGACACUGUAAGCCAAGCUACAUGGCAGCUUUGGCCUGAAAUAACUGACCUCUGUGUCUUGUUCUGGGCCCAGUGGUGCUCUGGGCCUUGGGUUCUGUGUUUCCCUGACAGUCCUGACAGGAGAGCACAUGGGGGCCAAAGUACCCCCCAGCCUGAGGCUCGGUACCAUGAAGGGCUCCUCCUCAUGCUGCCAGGGCUGGGAAUCAGCCUCCCAGGAAAGGAAUGUGCUGGCUUGGCCACCAGCCAUGGCGGCAAAUGUAUGUGUGUGUGGGGGGGGUGUGGGACGCUGGGCAUUCCUGGGGUGCCUGCCAGCCAGUGGCAGAACGGGUUUGCAGCCAGGGCCCGGGAAGGGCUUGCAUUCCCAUCUGGGAACUACUUCCUGGUGUAGCUCACAGGGAGGCAGAAGCUCUGCACCCAGGCCAGGGGACAUCCCCUCAGCCUCACCCUCCCUGCAAUGCCCACCCCCCCCACCCUAGUUUGUCGGGAAUGUCCAUGACCUUGUCCAACACAUCCUGUGAUAAUCUCAAGGAAGUCAGUGGUUCCACUGUCUACAAUAAAGGGAGGUGCCUGCAGUG